CCGAAAAUAAAAAAAAAGAUUUUCAUAAUAUUUGUUCUGUGGCAUUUUUAAAUCCAAUAACAUUAGAAAUUGAAGAAUGUAAUAAACCUAGCAUGCAAAGACUUUGGAAUUUAAUUGGAAAUGUGGAAAUAAAUUCAAAUUGUGUAGUUGAGGUUAAUAGAAAUAUUGAAAGGCUUGGAGUAUGUAAUUUUUAUAUGAAUUUAGAUAAAAGAUUAGAUUUUCAACCAUCAGGAUUAAGGUCAAAUAUUGAUCCAUCUUUUGUGAUGAUUUCUUCUAAAAGAUGUCUUUUUUAUGGUCAUUGCUUUUAUGUUUAUACUAGAGGAACAAAUUGCCAAACACAUGCUUGA